AUGCAGGGCCUUUCUCUUGAGGCUAAACAUCUGAGGGAUUUACGGAAGUAUGACCCUCGCCCCUUUGAUGGAUCGUUGGGGGAACCCACCAAAGCAGAAAUGCGGCUGUCUUCUAUUGAGACAAUAUUCAAUUUUAUGAGAUGCCCGGAAGAGCACAAGCUUCAAUGUGCAGUCUUUAUGUUGUCUGGUAACGCGAAAAUUUGGUGGCGUUCAGCAGAAAAGAUGAUUGAUUCUAGUGGUGAACUUACAACCUGGGAGCAGUUCAAGGAGCGCUUUUAUGAGAAGUACUUUUCGGCCAACACCCGAUACAACAAACAGGCAGAAUUCUUGAACUUGAGGCAAGAAGUUAUGUCGGUGGAGGAAUAUGAGCAAGAAUUCGAUAAGCUGUCUCGCUUUGCUCCUGAACUAGUAACCACUGAGGCAACGAGGACAGAGAGAUUCAUCUAG